AUGCGAGGCAAGUACGAGAGGGAGGCGAGGCGCUACUGGGAUCUCUUCUACAAGCGCAACGGCGAGCGGUUCUUCAAGGAUCGCCACUACCUGCACCACGAGUGGGCGCUCUUCCUCCGCGGAGAUGCUGGCGCGGGGGGAGCUGCGGAGGCGGGAACAGAGGGGGGAAACGCGGGCGGGGCAGAGAGAGGGGGAAGGGAGGCUAGGGGUGGGGAUGCAGGCGCAGGAGUGGGGAGCGCAGGGGGCGGUGGUGGGUGUGGCAGCGGCAAGGGGGGAUGUGUGUGCGAGCGGUGCGUUGCCAUCCGACGAGUGGUGCUGGAGGUGGGGUGCGGGGCGGGCAACACGGUGUUCCCGUUGCUCGCAGACGACCCGCACCUCUUCGCCCUCGCCUGCGACUUCUCCCCGCGCGCUGUUGCGCUCGUCACCGGCAGUGAGCACUACGACGCGCACAGGCUGAGAGCAUUCGUGGCGGACAUCACAGCGGACCCCCUCGCCACUGCCAUCGCAACCGCCAGCAGUAGCAGCAGUAGCAGCAACGAUGACAGAAGUGGUGGUGGGGGGGGAUGCACGUGCUGCCGGCCGCAGUGCCCUGCAGUGUGCCCGCCAUCUCAAGCGGAUGUGGUUACCAUGGUGGGUGGCUGGCAAGUUAAUGCCGUGUUUGUGCUAUCUGCCAUUUCACCUGAGAAGAUGCCUCUCGCCGUCGCCAACGUCGCCACUGUGCUCAAGGCAGGUCCCCUCGCCUCGCCCCGUCCCCUUGCGUGCCGGCACAUGCUCUUUGGCUGCCGUGCUGCCAUCCCUUGCCUCCUCACGAGAGCCUCUUGUCAUUGCCACGCGCCCUCUCAUCUGCCUUCUGCUGCAUCUUUUCUCCACACUCACCCCCUCACACCCGCCCCUUGCCCCAUCUUUCCGCACCCCAUGGCAUGGCAUGCAGCCAGGCGGGCAUGUGUUGGUUCGAGACUAUGCUGCCGGCGACCUGGCUCAGGUGCCAUGCAUGGGUACAGGUCAGCAACCCCGUGUGUCGAUCCAUGUUGGUUGUCACGGCGUCCUGCUGCCGUGCCACCAUUCACUGCAACAGUCUAUCUCCUUCUGUCCCGCCUCCCCACGACCGUGCCGUGCCAUCAGGAGCGGUUGAGGCGCAAGGAGCAGCGCAUCGCCGACAACUUCUAUGUGCGCGGCGACGGCACCGUGAGUGUGUGUGUGUGGGGAGGGGGGGCGAUGGCACCGUGGGGGCUGAUAAUGUGGUCAGCUGAUGCUGUCAUCUAUCCAUGCCUCUUCCCCCUUCUCCCCCCGCGCCCCAUGUCUCUCCCACGCCCCAUGUCUCUCCCACGCCCCAUGUCUCUCCCACGCCCCAUGUCUCUCCCACGCCCCAUGUCUCUCCCACGCCCCAUGUCUCUCCCACGCCCCAUGUCUCUCCCACGCCCCAUGUCUCUCCCACGCCCCAUGUCUCUCCCACGCCCCAUGUCUCUCCCACGCCCCAUGUCUCUCCCACGCCCAUGUCUCUCCCACGCCCCAUGUCUCUCCCACGCCCCAUGUCUCUCCCACGCCCCAUGUCUCUCCCACGCCCCAUGUCUCUCCCACGCCCCAUGUCUCUCCCACGCACCAUGUCUCUCCCACGCCCCAUGUCUCUCCCACGCCCCAUGUCUCUCCCACGCCCCAUGUCUCUCCCACGCCCCAUGUCUCUCCCACGCCCCAUGUCUCUCCCACGCCCCAUGUCUCUCCCACGCCCCAUGUCUCUCCCACGCCCCAUGUCUCUCCCACGCCCCAUGUCUCUCCCACGCCCCAUGUCUCUCCCACGCCCCAUGUCUCUCCCACGCCCCAUGUCUCUCCCACGCCCCAUGUCUCUCCCACGCCCCAUGUCUCUCCCACGCCCCAUGUCUCUCCCACGCCCCAUGUCUCUCCCACGCCCCAUGUCUCUCCCACGCCCCAUGUCUCUCCCACGCCCCAUGUCUCUCCCACGCCCCAUGUCUCUCCCACGCCCCAUGUCCCUCCAUGCCCCAUAUCCCUCUGCGCCCCAUGCGGUGGAUCCAAGCAGUCUUCCGCCUGCCCCUCGCUGCCACUGCCGCUCCUGCUGCUGCUGCUAGUCCUUGUGAGGCGGCUGCCACUGCUGUGGAGGAUGUUGAGUCAAGGGGGACGUAUGACCGGGAAGGCGGGGAGGAGGAGAGACGAGGAAGUGGGAGCAAUGUUGUGCGAGGGGACGGCAAUGGCAGGGGAGGAGCAGGCACAGAGGAGAGUGACACGGGCGGCAGUGAGAGCGCAUGUGAGGUGGACUGCAGCAGCCUCUUCCUCUCCGACCCCCCUUUAGAGGACCACGCCCUCUCACUCGCGCACCUGCCGCUGCGCGUGCGCCUGCUAUCCCGCGAGCACCAGCACACGCACGGCAGCACAGGCCGCCUGCUGUGGGAGUCGUCUCAGGUGCUGGCGGCACUGCUGCUCGCCCACCCCGCCCUCACCCGCCACGCCUCCGUCCUCGAGCUCGGCGCGGGCGGCGCCGCACUCUGCUCACUCGCAGCCACUCACAGCGCGCCACGGGUCAUUGUGGCGACAGAUGGGGACGAGAGUGCUCUGAGUCUGCUGCCGGGGAAUCUGGAGCUGAAUGCGGGGAGCUUUGAGACGGGCAGGAUCAAGGUGUGCCGGCUGCGGUGGGGCGAUGAGGGUGACGAGGCAGCAGUAAGGCAGCUGCUGCCCUCUCAUGAUGUGAUAGGGGUGGAUCAGGGUCAUGUGCAGGAGGAGGGAAGGGGGAGCACAGCCAGUACAGAAGGGAGCCAUGCACGCACAGCCCCUGUCGGAGGCAGCAGUAUGAAGGGAGACGAUACCGAGGCUGCUUAUACCACAGCGCAGCAGGGGAGGGGGUUUGAUGUGAUCCUGGGAGCCGACGUGGUGUAUGUGCGUGCCGCCGUGCCGCUGCUCUUCCAGUCCGCCGCCCGCCUCCUGGCACGGCGGGACAAGAGCAGGCGCGUGCCGGUGCUACUGCUGUGCCACAUCACGCGCCAGGUGCUCGAGCCUGAUGUGCUGGCUGCAGCGGCAGCAGCGGGGCUAGAGGUGGCGGAGGGAGAGGUGGCAGAGCGCGUUGGGGGAAGUGUGGAGAGGGCGAUGCAGGCAGCGGUGGGGACGGCGUUCCCUGGGGAAGGCAGAGAUGCCUCCCUCUUCCGCCUCCUCUGCUUCCGUGCCUAG